AUGCGUUAUACUAAAGCUCGUUUAACCAAAUUCGGCACGUAUCUGUUAGAAGAUUUAGCCUUUGAAACCAUAAAGUGGAUUGACAACUAUGAUGAAACAGAAAAAGAGCCUAAAAUAUUGCCAGCUAACCUUAAUCUAUUGUUAAAUGGCUCCAGUGGUAUUGCGGUUGGUAUGAGUACUAAUAUUCCCCCUCAUAAUUUAGGAGAAGUGGUUGAUGUGGCGAUUAAUUUAAUUCAGGAACCAGAAAUUAGUUGGAGAGAAUCAAACAGCUUGUCAUCAUCAUCAAGAAGGAAUAAUGACAGAACCAUACCUUCAGUGGUAGAUAUUAAAAGAAAAAUAAUAGAUAGAAAGGGUGAUAUGUUAAUUCAUAGAGUUACAAUUGAAUUUGAAUGUGCAGAGACAGGUAGAUGGUUUGAAGAACAGAAUGGGACGAAGUUAUUGUUAGAAAGAGGAAUAAAGAUGCCAAAAAUAUUGAAAGACAUGUUUAAUUAA